CGAGCAGGAAGCGUGGGGUGAGAGCUGGGGAGAAAGGGCUGUGUGCUGUGCUCUGCUGGGGAACGGGCCGGCCAGCCCCGUGGAAGGCACUGCCAUGGCCCGGCACGAGCAGGAGCAGGGCUCCAUGAAGAAAAGGGUAGCUGGCAUCGCCCGGAUGUUCACACUCCAGGAAGGCUCCCAGCCUCAAGUGAGCAGCCUAGCCCGCAGCUCCCAUCUCUGGCCAGCCGCCGUGGGGAGCAAGGAGCGUUUCCACCCGCUGCAGAAAAUGGACACCAGCAGGAGCAUCAGCCGGGGCAGCCAAGGCCCAGGGAGCUGGGGUAGGACUGCAAGCAGGCUCUCCAUCGGCCCUGGCAGUACCCGGAGGAAAGAGCUGAAGGAAAUCCUUUUGCAGAGCAAUAGCUCCAACAGUACUGUGCGGUUUGCCGCCACUCAGAAGACAUCCAACAGCAGCAGCCUCCUUGCAGCGCCACACCAAGAGCAGAAGCCUGAGCAGAGCCCAGAGGUGCUGUCCCUUGCUCUGGACCCCCUGGAGCAUGAGUGGCUGCUGACGGUGGCCCAGGGCGAUGCUGACAACAUCAUCAGGCUGCUGGACCUGGAUCCCAGCCUGCUGAACAGGAGAGACUUUGUGACAGGCUUUACCGUUCUCCACUGGCUUGCCAAGCAUGGUCACUAUGAGAGCUUCAUCCAGGUCAUCUCCCAUGCCCAGAAGAAGGGCUAUGCCAUCAAUGUGAACAUCCCCACAGCCAGUGGUGGGCUCACUCCCUUGCACUUGGCCGCCCUGCAGGGACACGAGCUGCUCAUUAAAGUGCUGGUGGGAGCUUACGGGGCAGACAGCAGCCUCAGGGACCAUAAUGGGCGCAAGGCUUGGCAGUACUUGAGGGCAGAUGCCCCCAGGGAGCUGAAGGAGCUGGCAGGAGCCUUCGAAGAGGAUUUGUUCCAGCUGUGUUCUCACAACACCAACAACAACUGUAAGUCAUCCAGAGAGGCCAGGGCAGGGUGGGACUGCGUGGACUCUGGGGCUGAAGGGAAUACCCAGCGCUCAUGGAGCCUGUCAACUCUCCGGGACUUUGUCGCACACGCAUUCACUUUCCUCAAAGGGCACUGAAGAGCCUCAUUUGCCUGAAAACCCAUGCUGAAUAGCACAUGGAUAAGACUGCAGGGAGCUGGGAACUUGGCAAGGGCUGGUGCUCCAAAUCCUGGCCAAGAGGUGGUUAAGAACCUGCAUAGGGCACAGCAGCCACUCCAGGUCUUGUGCAGUCUUUUGGGUCUGUGCUGGUGCAAGUGUGUGAGGGGCAACCACAGCAAUCAGGAGCACUACCUGGGGACAGCCCUUCCAAAAAACCACUCGUUCUCCACAGGGGUUUUGUCCCCUGCUGCUGCUGAUGGGGACUCCCUGCCCCAGCCCAGCAGAGCCUCAUGGUGGAGGCUCCCUGCUGCGGGGAGCUGCUUCUCCCGCAUGCCUGUGGAUGGAUGCUGAUCUACCAUGGAAGGUGGGGACUGGGGGUGGAUGUUUGGGCUGCCCGUCCCAGUCUGCUGGCAGGCUUUGCUUGUGACCAGAGGUGGGUCAUGCAGCAUCUCAGUGAUUUGGUUCUCCCACUUGUAAGAUGAGGCCAUCAGCACUGCCUGAGCUCCCAGCAAUGCUGUGAGGUUGGACUGGUCGCGGCACCUUGGAUGCCUGAACAGACGCUGGCAGAAUAUCAUUCAGUAUUUCACAGCCAUACUGUGAGAUGCCGGAGGUCUGGCAUUGGGCUAACGCUGGGGAAGCAGCUAUGGAUUCAGAAACACUUCCCCCCAAACACCUUUUUAUAUACACUUCUCUGCCAGAAGGCAGAGCAGUUACAGAGAAGCAGACUGUGCCACUGAGCUGUGAAUGCUUUCCAGCUCCCUGUGAGAUCCCCAGAUCUCCACCACUUGCAUUUCCUCUGUGCUGCUGUUUGUUUAUGGCAAAUAAAGCUGUUCCUUAGUAAAAUAAGAGCUAGAGUGCCUAGUUUGAUAGAGGCGUCUGGGCCCAGAGAAGCCUUUCAAAGUGCAAGACAAAUCCCCCUGGCAGCCCUUCCCUGGGGACUUCUAUCCAGGGAAGCUGAAGAUGCUCAGCUCUGCUGGGGAUUGGGGCCAGAGCAAAGGGGACAAGAGGGACACCCAGUGGGCUGGCAUGCAGUGGCUCCCAUGGGGACUGGAGCCUGGGAGUAGCUCUGGAAAGAUUGCUCAAAACCAUGGAAAAGAUGGGAAGGCUGUGAGAUUAUCUUUGUGGCUGCUGAGGUCACACUCAGAAGUGACACUCUUGUGAAACAUCCCUACAGCAGUAUAACCCCAUGUGUAUGUAUCAGUAACGGCAUUCAACAGGCAAGGCCUCUGUGUGCCUCUUGGCGUUUUGUUCAACAAAUGGAGCUCUGCCCAGCCGAUUUCAACUUGCUUUUCACAUUCUUUAAGCCCUGAGCUGCUUCAAAAUAGAUUCAGAAAAACAACUGCCCCUUCCUCUUUUUCAGCAUCAUGAGACCAUUUCUAACCCCUUAAAAAGCACCCACAUUUGAGAAGUGACUCACAGCAGCUGGGAGGUUUCUGUUCCCCAUCGCAAAGCAGCAGCCCCUGCAGAAACACCUCGCUCCAGAAGGGAGUCAUGGUUUCUUUCCAGCUGCCUUUCUGGGAGACUGCAGAGGUGAUUGAGGGACUCAAGAUGAUCUCUGGCCUGGUUAUGCAGGUGAAUUUGCACCUUGAUGCAGAAAGAUACACAGGUGUGUAUCUUCUCUUCCCUUGGGAGAAUGUGAGCCCAUGAGUUUCACAGACACUGAGCAAACCCCAUUUAUAUUCAGACUAUGGUCUGAAAUGCUACUUGGACAUUGGUAACCCCAUCUGCAGUGAUCAAUACAUGGAAGAACAGCCUUCAGAUGAGUAGAUAGCAACCUAGUGACUGCAUAAUACCCAGUCCAGGUAACCCAGUGAACAGACAGAUGUGCCUGGAUGUCUUUUUCAUCACUGAAGUCAACAGCAGAGACAUACAGAACACACUGGAAAUGAAUUCAAUGCCUAAUCUGCACUGGUUUUGUAAUGCUUUAAUAGAUCAAAGACUAUGGCAACACAGCUUCUUCCAGAACUUCUCUGGCCACAUCCAUGCCAUGGGAUAGCAGGCUGGCUUCUAAUGAGUCUGGUCAUGCCAGCACAAACUCUGCGAAGAGCACUGAUAUCAAACCAUCUGCAGUCUUUAGUUGUGGUAUCCAAAGUGUUGUUGAUAAGACAGGUGGGUGCAUGUCUGGUGAAGUAUUUUUUUGACUUGUCAGUCCUCUGUCACCCAUCUUUCUCUGAGUAAGGCACAGAGUGAACACUGGAAUUAGUGACAGUGCCCCUUGAAGGAACUGUUUCUUUGGCAUCUGUACCUGCAGCUUCGGUCAUGCUCCACCAGUAAACCUGGACUUCAGUGUUUCAUUUGAAAGUAAAAUUUAACUGGUAAACACUACACUAAAAUACAACUAAAGGAUUUUCAGUACUUGCUUCCCCCCCACAGAUAACCAAACCCCCUAAAGACAGAUUUUCCUCACAUCUUUCAGUUGAGGGUUUGAAGCCGUAUUCUGCUCCGAGGCAAAUCAGGCAGGCCCUUCAGAAGGAACAAGACCAGAGCUCUGCUUCCCUGGGUGGUGUCAGAACGCACCUCAUCCAUCGCAGCUGCUCCAGCCCUACCUGCCUGGCAGGAGGUCCUCUGCACACAACAAAACAGGAUUUUCCUCACCUGAGAGCACCCUUCCUGCUGCUGCAUGCUGUGUUUGCCACCAACACUCCACCAUGUCCAGUGACCCCUCUGCCUCCCGGUGUUUGUUUUCAUAC